GCUGCUGCUCCUGCACACCUGCCGCUCCUCUGCGACUUGGUUUCCACUCGCCAGCGGCACCCGUCGCCCCUCAGUCGCCUUCGAUCCAGUAUUCACUCGCGCCUCUGCUGUUGACCACCAGCAACCCAAAAGACAUGAACUGGGUCUGGGAUACCACCCAAUCGUUUCUCUCCCGAAACCGCAAACGGCUGGCCUAUGCCGGCGGGAUCGCUGCGACUGGCUAUACCCUCUAUCACCUCGUGCGGCGCCAGUGGCGUGAUUACGAAAAGCAGUCCGCCAUCCAGCGGACAGCCAAGCAAAACCUGAAAUGCCGAUUCGAGCAAAACCAGCACGACUGCGCCUUCACGGUGCGGAUUAUGAUUCCGGCGUGGGCCGACGAGAUUGCAAAGGAGCUUGGACUGGCCGAACUCAAGCAGCAGCUGCAGAGCAUGAAGAAGAUCCCGGCGGCUGCGAUGGAGGAUGCCGAAACAACAGAGGCACCCCAGAAGUCCAAGGCGGAGCUCUGGAAUGAGAUGAAGACCGCGACAUUCAUCAAGGCCGUGGUUUCAAUCUAUUUCGUAUCGCUUUUGACGCUGUUUGUGGACAUUCAGCUCAACCUGGUCGGCCGGCACACCUAUCUCGAGAGCGUCCACACACUCUUCCGUGAGGACGAUGGCGAGCUGGAGAUCGACGAGAAGCGCGCAGAAGGUCUCUCGGUCGAGACUAGGAGGCAGUUCCUGUCCUUUAGCUGGUAUUUCUUGAACGUCGGCUGGAAGUCGUGUCUGGACGACGUCCGGAGGGCAGUCGAGUCGUGUUUGUCUGAGGUCUCCCCCAGAAGCAGCGUCGACUAUGAGAAGCUCAACGAGAUCGUCGCGAAUGUCCGCACCGAGGUGUCGGCGAAUCUGUGUCAGCCCCAUCGUCUAUCCAGCAUUCUGUUUCCACCGAAGGAGGCCGAGCCGUUGGUGUUGCUGCAAGCUACUCACACGAUGGCCGGCAAUGGUACCCCGGCUGUAUCUGAGCCGCUGAGGGAUCUCUUGGCGGAAGCCCAGGACUUUGUCGAGAGCACCGACUUUCUCCUCUGCUUCGAGAAAAGCCUGGACGCCGCCUUUGAUCUGUUUGCCCUCUAUCUGCAAUCCGAGCUGUCGCCGGAAGUCAAUUUGACCAAGCCCAGGGCUGGACCUUUGCCCGGACCAGGCGACGAAAGCACCCCGGACUCGCCCGCCCCGUCCAGCCGACCGAUGCCUCUGGCUGCGGCGCUGCCCCGCGUCGAGCGAGUGGUGGACCACAUCCUUGCCAGCGAUACGAAUCGAUUUAUCGAGGCCAUCUCGGUGAUUCCAGAGGUCAAGGCGCUUUCCGCAAUCGUGUUCACAGGCUGGCCGGAUUUCGAGUAGGGACGCCCAGAGCUGAGGGCGCAGCCGUUGAGAGCCAAUAGAUCCUGAGUUCCUCUUUGCCCGUCCUGUCUCAAUUCGCCAACAAUAUUGCCAUCCGAGGUGAUGUUGACAGUGAUGGUGGUGGUGCCUUGAUUGUGCCAUAUCCCACGAGCGUCAUACUGGCAGGGAGGAAAUAGAAGGUCCAAAGCCACAGCUCCAGCAGCUCC